AUGAUUCAUGUUACUGAUGCUACAAAGCGUCGGCUGACGCAACGCUGUUUGCAUGCGGCAACAAGUCUCGCAUGCUCUUCGCAAUGCAGAAGCAAAGCUUUCCCGCUUGAAUCAUGGGGGCGUCGUUUCCCAUCUGCUACUAAGCCGUGGCUGCGACAGUCCGCGACUGUUGCUUCACGGCUGGCAACCUCCGGACUGAUGAAAAGACAAAGUGAAACCCGUCGUCUGUAUAAAGUCGGGAUGCUACAGGCUCAGAGAACAGAUCUCGAUCCAGAGUGUGUUCCCCCUGCGGGACGCAGCCGCCGUACACGCCAGGCGAACUCACGGGUACGGAAGGGAUGUCGACGGGUUGGCUAUCCGGAGAAGUGUACAGGAUCGCCUGGCGAUGCCCGUAGAACGCCCGCGUGGGUGAGCGAGGCUGCUACGAUACCUUUAGAGCCUUUCCUCCGCUCCAGGACCACGAAACCUGCCUGCCGGUGGACAGCCCACUGCAAAACACGUACUUGUCUGUUUCCAUGGCGCUCGCCUCCAACGAAGAACUGGAGCCGUCCUGGAGGGGCUCGACCUCGCCUCGCCGACUCGCCAGUGCACGUUCUCGCGCCCGUCUCCGCCUCUGUUCACGAGCGCGGCCUUCAGUCGCAGUCAGACGUUCCAUUUUUGCCGCCGUGUACAUCGCCUCACGGCGUAGAAGGGCGUUCGCCCGGAUGCUCAGCCUUAGCGGACGCGCCUUUGAAGUCUUGGCCAAGUCAUGUGCUUGUCGACGUCUGUUGGCCACCCAUUCACUUUUCGCUCGCGUGGCUGAUAUCUCUUUCUCGAGUCGGCGCAGGGCGCUGCGCGCCCUUCCGUGGCGGCUACUCUCAGAGAGAUGCCACCGAGUAA